CUUCGCUACCGCACCCAGAAAGGCAAAACCCUGACUCCACUCGCCGGAAGUCAGAUUCCGGCAAACGGUUCGCCGCGCAAACCACCCGUCGUUUUCUGAAAAUAUCUAGGGUUUUCACUUUCCUCAUUUUCCUCCAAAAAACCCUAACUUUUGUGGGGUUUUCUUUCCUCUACUCGGAUAAGGAGUUUCUUCUGGAGAUGGCGACGUCGAUCGGAGCUGCGAACACGGCCAUUUUGAAGGAUCUGAAGCUCCAGAUCCAAGGAUUUCAAGGGCUGAGAUCAUCCGGCCCGGCUCCUUCGAUCGGUUACGUUGCUGUCUCGCCGGUCUGUUCGUCGAGCUCUUCCGUCGUAAGCGCUGUCGCCACGCCUAUAAAACCGGAAACUUCAAAGGAACCUAAGCGCAGCAAGGUUGAAAUAUUCAAGGAGCAGAGUAAUUUCUUGAGAUACCCUCUGAAUGAGGAGCUGCAAACAGAAGCCCCCAAUAUAAACGAGGCUGCCACACAGUUGAUCAAGUUUCACGGAAGCUAUCAACAGGCUAACAGAGAUGACCGCGGUCCAGGGGGAAAAUCUUACCAGUUUAUGCUUCGGACGAAAAACCCUUGUGGUAAAGUUCCAAACAAGCUCUACUUGGCCAUGGAUGACCUUGCGGACGAGUUUGGAAUCGGCACACUUCGUUUGACAACCAGGCAAACAUUUCAGCUGCAUGGGAUUCUAAAGAAGGACCUCAAGACUGUGAUGAGCACUAUUAUCAGAAGCAUGGGAUCGACACUCGGUGCGUGUGGGGACCUAAACAGAAAUGUUCUCGCUCCCGCAGCACCAUUCUUGAAGAAAGAUUACUUGUUUGCACAGGAGACUGCAGAUAACAUUGCUGCACUUCUGACCCCACAAUCAGGUGCUUAUUAUGAUUUGUGGGUGGACGGGGAGAAGGUUAUGUCAGUGGAGCCCCCAGAAGUGGUGAAGGCUCGAAAUGACAAUUCCCAUGGCACGAACUUUCCUGACUCUCCGGAGCCCAUUUACGGCACCCAGUUCCUGCCUCGGAAGUUCAAGAUUGCAGUGACAGUUCCUACAGACAACUCAGUAGAUAUUCUCACAAAUGACAUCGGUGUUGUAGUAGUUUCUGAUUCCGAAGGGGAACCUCAAGGUUUCAACAUUUACGUUGGAGGUGGUAUGGGAAGAGCCCAUAGGAUUGAGACCACUUUCCCUCGUCUGGGUGAGCCACUGGGUUAUGUUCCGAAAGAGGAUAUAUUGUUUGCUGUCAAAGCGAUUGUCGUUACACAGCGAGAGAAUGGGAGACGGGAUGACCGGAAAUACAGCAGAAUGAAGUAUUUGAUCAAUGAAUGGGGAAUUGAGAAGUUCAGGACUGUUGCUGAGCAGUAUUAUGGAAAGAAGUUUGAGCCCUUCCGAGAGUUACCAGAGUGGGAAUUCAAGAGCUAUCUGGGCUGGCAUGAUCAGGGGAAUGGUGCAAUGUUUUGUGGGCUCCAUGUUGAUAAUGGCCGCAUUGGAGGGACAAUGAAGAAGACGUUAAGGGAGAUAAUCGAGAAGUAUAACCUGAAUGUGCGCCUUACACCCAACCAGAACAUUAUCUUGUGUGACAUUCGCCGUGCAUCGAGGCGACCCAUCACAACAGCUCUUGCUCAGGCUGGUCUUCUGAAUCCUAGGUAUGUGGAUCCACUCAAUAUAACUGCAAUGGCAUGUCCCGCACUACCGUUAUGCCCUCUGGCAAUAGCAGAAGCUGAGCGUGGAAUUCCUGACAUUCUCAAGCGGGUUCGAGCUGUAUUUGAUAAGGUUGGCCUCAAGUACAAUGAGUCAGUGGUAAUAAGGGUAACUGGAUGCCCUAAUGGUUGUGCCAGGCCUUAUAUGGCUGAGCUUGGACUGGUUGGCGAUGGACCCAACAUGUACCAGGUCUGGCUUGGGGGAACGCCUAACCAAACCUCACUAGCAAAAUGCUUCAUGAAUAAGGUGAAGAUUCAUGAUCUAGAAAAGGUUUUGGAGCCAUUGUUCUACAACUGGAGACGCAAACGCCAACAGGGAGAAUCAUUCGGCAAUUUCACAACCCGCAUGGGCUUUGACAAACUGAAAGAGACGGUUGAGAAGUGGGAAGGCAUAGCAAAGGCACCGGCACGAUUUAAUCUAAAGCUUUUUGCUGACAAAGACACAUACGAAGCCAUGGAUGAACUUGCAACGCUGCAGAACAAGACUGCUCACCAGCUGGCCAUGGAAGUCAUCCGCAACUUUGUUGCGGCCCAGCAAAAUGGCAAAAGUGAAUGAUCAACCCCUUUUUUCAGCUGUUGCUAUUUGUUGAAUAAAUACAAGUUCAGAUGAACUUAUCUUUUUUCUAAAUCAUGGAUGAGUGAGACUUAGUUGGAAAAGAACUUGAGAUAUAUAACCAUCUACCAGGCUGUUGCAUCGUUU